AUGACAGAUGUACUUACGUUUGAUAAAGAGGAUCGUAAAGACCUUGAGACUAGUUAUCAAAUUGAGGGAAAACAAAAGGAAAAACAGUGGAGAGAAAAAUGGGAUCGAAAUCAAACACGACAACAACAAUGGACGACGUUGAUCGAUUAUUCGAAUGUUUCAAAUGCGGGAUUUCUCCUCCUCAUUGGAUCGGUGACAGUUAAAGGAAAGAAUUUUAGCCAAGGAAAGCAAAUUUCUCCAGUUGUGUUCUAUGGGUCUCCACAUGGAGUGCCACCAAAAAGACCCAUUAGCUUGUUGCGACUUUUGCAUGAAAUACGAGUGGAUCUCGCGGAACAACAAAAAUCAAACUUGAGUAAGGAAGUGUGGGCAACAUUUCCUAGGCAGAAUGAAGCUAUGAAUUUUGCAAAAGAGCAUGAGAAUGUGCGCAUUUUCAGUUAUCAAGAUCACCAUAAUGGACAGCGAAGGUUUCUCAUUUCGACAUACAAGGAGUUUUGGGAAAGGUACAAAAACAUGGAUGCUAAAUUUCGCCACCAUUAUGAAGUGAUUCAGGAGGGGCUCCCAUGCCACCUUUAUUUUGAUCUGGAGUUCAAUAAGAGAGACAAUGUAGAAAGAAAUGGGGAUGAAAUGGUCGAUCUCUUGAUAUCAGUCAUACUAGAAGCAUUACUCGAAAAGUAUUCUAUUCAAGGGAACCGGGAUUGGAUAGUAGAGCUUGACUCCUCUACUGCAGUAUAUGAAUUGCUCAUCGAUUUGUUCUGCGUUGCAUUUAUUGGUACUAGCAGAAAAGUUACUGUUGCAUAUAAAUGUACUCUUGCAGAUAAGUUCUUAUAUACUGUCUUCUUGAUGUCAUCUCCCGCUGAAUUCUCCUUUCCAAUUUGUGAAGAAGACAUGUUCAUGGCAUCCUUGAUCUGCAACAUGGAUGUUGGUUGCAAUAAACUUCUUGUCUGCAAAAUGGACAUGGAAUGUAUGAAGACCCUGCAAUUUGAUACAGAGGUUGAAGAUUAUAUAUCAUUGGUACUCCCAGAAGAAGCUUCUGAUGUAAACAAUGAUCACAGAAGACGCUAUAUCCCAAAAGAACUUUCAUUGAGUGGUGUGCCAAGUGAUACUGGAAAGUCACCAUUCCCAGCCUUGGAAAAAUUCAUAGAAUCUAUUGCCUCAACCAGAAAUAUAUCAGGAAAAAUACGAAGCUGGUAUUGGUUCUCCGAGUAUGGGCUGAUGGUCUACAGCAUGUCAAGAAAUAGAUACUGUGAACGAAUUGGUAGAGAGCAUAAAAGCAAUCAUGGUUACCGAUCCCCUUUACGACCUAUCCCGUGGGAUGUGAUCCCCGACCCUCCAUUUUCGUAUGAUUCAGUGCAAAUGGCAGAUAAAAUAGGGUCAACAAAUAAUAACCUUGAAUUUCAAUAUGUAAGCAAUGACUGUGAAGAUUUUCGGCUUUAUGUUGACAAACACAACUCCGACAGCUGUUCAAAAGAUUCUUGGUGGCUUGAAGCCAUUAAAGUUGCAGAUGAUAUUGAAAAUGAGAAGAAAACAUUGGAUAAUGUUGACGAGCAAGAUGACAACUGGUGGAUGGCCGUGGAAGAAACUGCAUCCCAGUCUGAACUAAUUCACUUCAGUUAA